AUGUUGUGCCGACAAAAGCUUCUGUUUGCAGAGGUUAGGCCUGUCGCACUCACCCCUACCAACACCUAUGAUUGGUUUGAGCCACCUUGGAUUGGGGUACUUGAGGAUACAAGAAACCAUACUCUCCAUGGCAUCCUGCGUGUCCAAAGCUGUUUUAGAGGUCACCAAGCUCGGUGUUACCUCAAGGAGCUGAGGAGAGGAAUUGCUACUCUUCAGUCAUUUGUUCGUGGUGAGAAAACUCGCAAAGAAUAUGCCAUUUUACAAGAGAGACACAGAGUAGUUCUGCUUAUUCAAAAGCAUAUAAAAGGAAGGAUUGGUAGGAAAAGUUUUGAAAACACUCGUCAUGCAUCAAUUCUGCUACAAUCAGGUGAUUGUUUAUCUGUUGUUUUGGACAUGCCUGGGCUUGGUUUCAAUGCUGACCUUGCUCCCCACUCGCUUGGCAUGUAA